CGAAAAAAAUAAAUAAAUAAAAUAAAAUAAAAUGAGUUCAAACGUGCUCCACAAUCCAAUUCACCUCUCAACAACAAGAACCCAUCCCCAAUUUCGCUUGAAAAAACCGGGAAGAAUUAGAGCCGCCGGAGAAAGUUCAUCGAGGGCGGCGCCGCCGCCGCGGGUGCUAGUGGCGGGCGGCGGAAUAGGGGGUUUGGUACUGGCGCUGGCGGCGAAGAGGAAAGGGUUGGAUGUGGUGGUGUUUGAGAAGAAUAUGAGCGCCGUCAGAGGGGAGGGGCAGUAUAGGGGGCCUAUUCAAAUACAGAGCAACGCUCUGGCGGCGUUGGAAGCCAUUGAUAUGGAUGUGGCGGAGGAGGUUAUCGCCGCCGGUUGCAUCACCGGUAACCGCCUCAAUGGCCUUGUUGAUGGCCUUUCUGGUUCUUGGUAUGUGAAGUUUGAUACAUUCACUCCUGCAGCUGAACGGGGCCUACCCGUUACUAGAGUCAUUAGUCGAAUGACUUUGCAACAAAUUCUUGCUCGAGCAGUCGGCUCCGAUAUAAUUCUCAACGAGAGCAAUGUCGUUGACUUUGUGGACAACGGUCAAAAGGUUAUUGCGAAACUUGAUAAUGGCAAGUGUUACGAGGGUGAUGUUCUUGUUGGUGCCGACGGGAUAUGGUCUAAGGUACGGACGAAUUUGUUUGGACCAACUGAAGCCGAAUACUCGGGCUACACUUGUUACACUGGGAUUGCAGAUUUUAUUCCGGCUGAUAUAGCGACAGUUGGGUACCGUGUGUUUUUAGGCAGCAAGCAGUACUUUGUUUCUUCCGAUGUGGGCGGAGGAAAAAUGCAGUGGUAUGCUUUCCACAAAGAAUCGCCCGGUGGAGUCGAUAUUCCCUACGGUAAAAAGGAGAGGCUACUUGAAUUAUUUGAGGGUUGGUGUGAUAAUGUUAUAGAACUAUUAACUGCGACCGAUGAGGAUGCAAUUCUUAGACGUGAUAUAUAUGAUCGAAAUCCGACUUUUACGUGGGGGAAGGGGCGUGUGACGUUACUUGGUGAUUCCGUACACGCUAUGCAACCAAAUUUAGGACAAGGCGGAUGUAUGGCAAUUGAGGAUGGACAUCAGCUAGCGGAGGAGCUCGAUAAAGCAUGGAAGCAAAGUUUUGAGUCACAAAGUGCAGUCGACAUAGUUUCUUCUUUAAAGAGAUAUGAAGAUGCUCGGAAAGUACGAGUUGCAAUUAUCCAUGGAUCAGCUAGAAUGGCUGCAUAUAUGGCUAGUACUUACAAAGGGUAUCUUGGAGUUGGACUCGGUCCUUUGUCGUUCAUAACGAAGUACAGAAUACCGCACCCUGGAAGAAUUGCAGGCGGAAUAAUGCUCGAAAUUGCUAUGCCAUCAAUGCUAAGUUGGGUUCUUGGUGGUAAUCGUUCAAAACUCGAAGGAAGAGCACCCCAUUGCAGGAUUUCCGACAAAGCCAGCGAUCAAUUACUAACAUGUAUUAGAGACGAUUAUGCUCUAGGGCGAGCCGUUUUUCGUCAUAGACCGAAGUAGCGAACUUGGCACUUGGAUCACAUAAUUAAGGCAAAGAUUUUGUAUGAAGACGAUGAAAAUUCCGCAUAAGAGGCCAACAAAUUAAAGAAUGACGAGAGUGGAGUUUUCAGGCCAUAUAUUUAGUUGAAACUUGUACAUAAUUUAUACGUAGCAGUUGAGUUCGGUGACGAGUGUAACAUUAGUUUAAUGGUUCAAUUUUCUUUGGAUUUGGAUACCGCAGGUCGUUUACAAGCUCAAUUUUAUACGCAAACGAGUGCUUCUGCAUUUUAUUUAGUUUGGAGGGUUAUAAGUGAAUAUGAAAUUAAUAGUGUUUUAUAUUUA